CGCUCCGCUCCGCUCCGCGUCUCCCGCCUGUUGCUAGUACAGGAGCAGCCUCUGGGCCCGCGGGCGCUUCCGCCGAGUCGAGUGCGGACGCGGCGCUGUGGACGGCGCCGGGGCGCGGACCCCGCAUCUCCAGGAGCCUCGUGCAGAGCCUGGAAAGCGAAUCUGCUCCGGGAAGGUCGCAGACUCCGAGCCCCAAGGUACCUGCCGGGUGACGGCCUGGGGCUGAGGCAGGGGGCUGUCGUGUGUUUGCCCCCCGAAGACGGCAGCGUCCGUACUAGGAAAGUCGUUAGCGGUAGCGUGAUCCCAGCUGUCGGAAACAGGCAGGGUUUCUGUUGCCUGUCAUGUCCACUUUUGAAGAUGCUGACACAGAAGAGACGGUGACUUGUCUUCAGAUGACUGUUUACCAUCCUGCCCAGUUUCAAAGUGGAAUAUUUCAAGCAAUAAACUUCAAUAAACGAGAUAAACUGCCCUCCAGCGAAGUGGUAAAAUUUGGCCGAAAUUCCAAGGUCUGUCAUUAUACUUUUCAGGACAAACAGGCUUCCCGAAUUCAAUUUUCUCUGCAGCUGUUUAAACAGUUCAACAGCUCAGUUCUCUCUUUUGAAAUUAAAAAUAUGAGUCGGAAGACCAAUCUGAUUGUGGACAGUCAAGAGCUGGGCUACCUAAAUAAACUGGACCUGCCAUACAAGUGCAUGGUGAGAUUCAGCGAGUAUCAGUUCCUGAUGGAGAAGGAAGAUGGAGAGGCAUUGGAUUCAUUCGAGACUCAGUUUAUUUUGUCUCCAAGACCACUUUUGCAAGAAAACAUCUGGCCACCACACAAGCCCAUCCCUGAGUAUGGCAUUUACUCAUCCUGCUCCACCCAAAGCACUUCUCCUACAGAAAUGGAUGAAAAUGAGCUGUGAACACAGAGGGCCUCAGAGGAGAGGCGGGAAGGGGGGAAGAGCUCUGUAGACACCUGAUGGACAUUCAGCAUAGUCUGUCAGUGUUGUGUAUUAUAGUCGCCUGUUAUGCUGUCACACUUAAAAUUUGGAAUUAUGAAUUCGAAGUGUGUAAUGUCUGUGAGUCAUCAGCGUCAUCACCUGUGCCAUUCCCAAUCUGUGAGAAUUACUUCAGGUGUACAUCUGUGAGGGUUAAUGUAUUAAAAACAUCCUUUGUGAUGACAUAGUUGUUCUCCAAAUAGCAUUCUAUUAUUAUCUUUUUGUGCUUGAUUUUAGUCUUUUAUCUUUGGUUGGUCACAACAUUUCACAGCAGCCAUUUGUCUUCAAGGUCAAGGUUCCAGAAAGGUUGGUGCUUGUUACUAUGAGAAUGGGUUCUAGAGUACUGCCUGUGCAUCACUGUACUUACAUAUGGAAGACUGAUUUGAGAAAGCAUAGUUUUCUGUGGUUCUCUAAGGAUUCCAGUGUUCAUCCCUAAAAUGAAAGUUUUCCUGCCUGUGUUCAGCAUCUAAAUACAUGUAUACAUUUUAAAGAAAUACUGUGUUAGAAUUAUUUUCUCACCAAAUCUGAAGUUUGAUUUUUAUGUAGUUGACAGUUUUUAAAUUACAUAAAUUCAAAAUUUUAGUAGCAUGCAUGGAUAUAAUCAAGUCAAAUUUCAUUGCCUAACCAUUUCUUUGAAAUUCUUUCUGGAGGGGAAAAACUGUUCUUAGGCCACUCUAUGUAAGUAAAUAUAUGUGAACAUUUAUAAUGAAUGCUUAAAUAUUUCUAAAUUUUGGGCUUCAAAAAGAAUUGUCUUUAUUUAAGAUUCUUAUUCAGCUCAUUUUAACUAGAAAGUGAAGGUCAAAUAAAUAAAACUGGUCACUCUUUGGUAACUAAAUUCUGACAUUGUGAAAAAGUCAGAUUUCCCAAACCAGGCUGGCAUUGUCAGGGUUUUUUGUUUUUUUCUCUUCAUACUAUUUAUUGAAGUCCUUUACUUAGUAUAAGGUUAACUAUAUGAUCAUUAAGGGAACUGAAAAUAGAUGUUUGUAAAAAUUAAGAGUCGAAAUGUGAGAGGGAGGAGGAGGAAGGGUUGGAG